AUGAUGUUUCCAGAUUUCAGGAUGAUCAGUCCAGAGGCUAUGCAGAGGAUGACGACAAAGAUGAAGGAGAGAGUUGUUAAAACACCUCCAGGAACAUGGAGCAAGCUGGGUAUUGGGGUGUUAGUAGGAGGAGUCGCCAUAGGGUGGUUUGCAUUUCCCUAUGUGCUCGACAAAGUAGUGGCUUCACAAAUUAACUUGGCACAGGGCAAAGACUCGAGAAAGCUGUGGGUUCAGCUGCCGCAGUUUGACUUCAACAUUUAUCUCUUCAACAUCACCAAUCCAGCUGAAGUAAUGCGUGGAGCCAAACCUGCUCUCCAGGAAGUAGGCCCCUACUGUUACAAGGAGAUUAAAGAAAAAACUGACUUCAUCGAGGACCCCACCACAGACACGAUAUCCUACAGCGCCCGUAACACGUGGCAUGUGAACCCUGAGUCUCCACUGUGCUCCACCUCCGGUCUGACGGGGGAGGAACUCCUGGUCGUGCCCAACAUCCCCAUGCUGGCAAUUCUGCUGAUAGCUGAGAAAGACUUUCCACCACCCUUCCUGACUCUGGUUAACCAAGCGCUCCCAAACAUAUUCGGCAGGUUCACCGACAUGUUCAUGACAGUGUCGGCGAGACGACUGCUAUUCGAUGGUAUUAAGAUUAACUGUACUGCAGGCGCCCUCUAUCCCAGGGCAGUGUGCAUCGCUUUAAAGCAAAACUCGAGAGCCCUCAAAAAGCUCGGAAACAACAUGUACUCUUUUUCGUUCUUUGGUGCCAAAAACAACACACUGGAAGAGUUCCGGUACACAGUUAAGCGAGGGACAGAGGAUGGGCAGGAGAUAGGGCGCUUGGUGGCCGUGGACGGCAAGCCAGAGCUCACGUUCUGGAGAGGAGAGUGCAAUAAGAUCCAGGGCACAGACGCCUCCGUCUUCCCGCCCUUCCGCCAAAUGGAGAACGGGAGUCUGACCGCCUACUCCAGCGAGCUAUGCAGGGUGCUCUUUGGAGUAUACGAGGGACAGCUGGUGUACAAGGGGGCGACAGGGUACGCCUACACCGUCAGCUUCGGCGACACAGAGAGCAACCCAGGCGAUCGCUGCUUCUGUCCAGCGGACGAUCGCUGUCGCAAGAAAGGAGUCCUAGAUACUCUCAAAUGCCAAGGAGCACCCUUGGUCGCCUCUCAUCCCCACUUCUACCUGGGGAGUCAAGUUUACAUCAGUGGUGUGACCGGGCUCAGCCCAGAAAAGGAGAAACACGGCAUCCUGAUCGUCUUGGAGCCGAUCAGCGGAACGCCUCUGAUAGUCCGCAAGAGACUGCAGUUCAACAUCGAGCUGAAGCCGAUCCGCUACGUGACGGUGACUCAGCGCCUGCGACCCACGCUGACUCCCCUUCUCUGGGUUGAGGAGAACUUGGACUUGGAUGACAACCUAAUGGGUCUCCUGGAGGCCUCCCUGUUCCGACCUAUCAGAGCUGUGGAUGUGAUCAAGUGGAUGUGCGUGGUGGCAGGGAUCGGGCUGGGGAUAACCGCUGCCGUCCUCAAGUUCCGCCAGAACAGGAGAGACAAAGUACACGUCCUCAGUGGAGAAGCUGGACCGGACUUCGACCACGAGGUGGAACCAAACCCCAAUCUCAAACCUGAGGAUCAAGACGGAAAUAAAAAUAUUGACCCUUCCUUUAUUAACUUCGAGAAUUCUAAACCUUUAAAGAACGAAGUCAACCAAAGUCUCUCUGCUGUUUCACUGAUGAAAACCGUAUCGACGAUGACGUCAGCAAACGGAAAAUCUGGUAGAGUCCAUUCGAUUGAAUCCCAAACACCGACUUUAAAUGGAAUCACGACGAAUGGUUUUGGACCGAAAAAUCCUCCGAAAUCAUUAGAUCUUUACGUGUCUCUUGCAAAUCACGAUCACUCGAACACAGACACUCGUCAAUCCAAUGAACAAAACGAGACUCUUCAAAACGAUUCAAAAAAUCAAAUAAGUGUUAUCUCAAUGCCAAAAAUGGCUGAAGAUUCGCAGGAAUCUUCACCAAAAUUAUCUCCCAAAUUACCCUUUUCCUCCUCUCCAUCGCAAUAUGAUCUUCAAAAUGAGACAUCCAUGAUAUCUUCGUUUCCCCCAAUUUCUAAUCCGCGUCUAGAUUCCCCUCUGUUAUCUAAUAAAGACAGACCAACUUUGAGUGAGGAUUUUGUGCACAAAGAAUCCUUACAAAAUCCAUUAACCCGUUUAGAGACACCCCUUGAAGAGAGUUCAACAUUAUCUGAGACUGGAAGUACAAAACCCAUUUCUCCUAACAGUGGGGAAGAGUUAUUCAAUACAAAUGAGGCCCAUGUACAGUCUGGAGUAACUGAAUCACCCUUACCCUCCAUAAAUACCGACGACAUCAGAGCUGAUAAAGAUGAGAGAUAUGACGCUAACGUGAAACGUGAAGACACAUUAACUGACGUAUCUGAUGUAACACAUCUAGCGACGGAAGAAGACAUUAAAGCUGUAGAAUCCGACAUCCAAAAACUUAUGUCGGAAAUUGCAGAAUUGAUACCAAGGAAUUAAAACCAUUUUAAAUUAUAAAUACAUAACAUACCUUACCUUAAA